AGCGUUUCCGGAAGUGGAGGCGUGAGCGGCAGGGCAGUGCCUGCUUGGGGUAGCGGGAGGGCAGACUCUGGGCACCACUCCCGGGCCGGUCAUGAACGGGCCGGCGGACGGCGAAGUGGACUACAAAAAAAAAUACCGGAAUCUGAAGCGGAAGCUCAAGUUCCUCAUCUACGAGCACGAGUGCUUCCAGGAGGAGCUGAGGAAAGCGCAAAGGAAAUUACUGAAGGUGUCCCGGGACAAGAGUUUCCUCCUAGACCGACUUCUGCAGUACGAGAACGUGGAUGAAGACUCUUCGGACUCAGAUGCCACUGCAUCAUCAGAUAACAGCGAGACAGAGGGGACACCCAAGCUGUCUGACACACCGGCCCCUAAGAGGAAGAGAAGCCCUCCGCUGGGGGGGGCCCCCUCUCCCUCCAGCCUCUCCCUGCCUCCUUCAACAGGGUUUCCCCUUCAGGCCUCCGGGGUCCCCUCCCCAUACCUGAGCUCGCUGGCCUCCCCCCGCUACCCCCCAUUCCCUUCUGACUACCUGGCCCUGCAGCUGCCCGAGCCCAGUCCCCUGAGGCCCAAGCGGGAGAAACGGCCCCGCCUGCCCCGGAAACUCAAGAUGGCGGUGGGACCCCCCGACUGCCCUGUGGGAGGGCCGCUGACCUUCCCUGGCCGGGGUUCUGGGGCUGGGGUCGGGACAACCCUGACCCCCCUCCCACCCCCCAAGAUGCCCCCCCCCACGAUCCUGAGCACGGUCCCCCGGCAGAUGUUCAGCGACACAGGUAGCGGGGACGAUGCCUUGGAUGGAGACGAUGACCUGGUGAUCGACAUCCCGGAGUGACCGCGACAUCACGCCAUGCCCACCACGGCCCCACCCGGCGCCCUCCCUGUGCCAGCACACACAAGCCCAGCUUCCUCGGAGGUGUUUAUUGACGCCCAGCUGCCAUGCUCCGGCCACUGACACAACCAGAAAAGGCGUAAACAUGCACGGGUGUCCCCCAGGAGGGUGGCAGGGGCCCUGCCUUCAAACCCCGGCCCCCUCCAGGGGACAGUUAUUUAAACGAGUGGCCGGGAGCAUCUGCCACCUGCUGGGGAGGCAGAGACCCUGCGAUGGCCACCUCUUUAAAAGGGCAGCUGUACAGGGCUAGGUUUUUUCAGUGAAGUUUCUGUAUUAAAGGAGUGGCUCUGGG